GUGGGUCAAAGGAUUUUAACGGUUGAAGAUGAAAAAGCUUAUCUUUCUAUGCAAAAAUCGAUUCUUUCUUCUUCUUCACCAAAGCUUCAAAAUCAUACAAACAGGAAAAAAAUGAAAACUCUCCACUUUUUAGCUCCCAAUUCAACCAUUAUCAAUCUGAAGCAACAAUCUUAUGCUGCAAUCACACAAAACCAGUUCUUGUUGCAUCGUAACAACAGACGAGCUCUCUCGAUAAACUGUGUAAACAGUGGUGGUGAUGAUGAGAAGAUUUCUCAACCAAUGGAUGGGGUGGAGAUAAGAUUCAAAAGAGGAUCAAGAAGGAAGAUAAGGGAAGAGGUUUCAGGAGAAGGGCAAAGCGGUAAGAAAAAAGAGACAGUUCAAAAGCCAUGGGAAGAGAUGACACUGAAUGAGAAGGCACUGGAGCUUUAUGUUGGAGAGAAAGGUUUGUUGUUUUGGCUGAACAAAUUGGCUUACGCAUCGAUUUACAUUGUCAUUGGAGGUUGGAUUCUUUUCCGGUUCGUCGGUCCGGCCUUCAAUCUUUAUCAGCUUGAUACACCGCCUCUUGAUCCUAAAAACAUCUUGAAGGGUUGAAAAGGCUUCUCAACUUUUCAAACAUUUUGAGGUUUGUAUUAAAGUUUAGUUUUGAGUAAUGUGUAGCCACACCGGAAUGAAAAAAGCAAACAGAUAUUGAGAAUUUUAAUGAGUGGUUUAUAGAUACUGUGUUAUGUCACUAAAGAACACUCUUCAUAA